AUGGCCGAAGACGAGUCACAAUCGCCGAAAAAGCAGCGUCUCACUGACGAAGAAGUCAAGGCAUUGCCUGCCAUUGACUUUGUGACGUUGGGAAUGUUCAUCAUAGAUGAGAUACACUUCUUGCCGCCUACGCCAUCCGUCUUUGAUAUUCUCGGCGGUGCUGGCUCAUACGGUGCUCUCGGAGCCCGUCUCUUCUCGCCGGCCCCGGAUGCCUCAUCGGUCGGUUGGAUUGUGGACAAGGGUUCCGACUUUCCACAAUCCUUGACUGACCUCAUCAACAGCUGGGAAACAUCAGUCGUGUUCCGUGAGGACCCAGAGCGGCUGACCACCCGCGGAUGGAAUGGAUACGAGAACGCAGAGAAGCGCGCCUUCAAGUACACCACCCCCAAGAAGCGCCUGACUGCAGGGGACCUGACGCCUCACCUGUUACUAUCCAAGACCUUCCACCUGAUCUGCUCCCCGGCCAGAUGCAGAGACUUGGUGUCCGAAAUCACCUCAGCCCGCAAACGUGUGUGCCCGCCAGAUUGGUACAUAAAACCGAUAUUCAUCUGGGAACCUGUACCUGACCUGUGUACACCGGACGAACUUCUCAAUUGUACAAAUUGCCUUCCCCUGAUCGAUAUCCUCAGUCCGAACCACUCGGAGCUGGCAGGUUUCAUGGGUGACGACGGCUUGGACCCAGCCACGGGAGAGAUUUCGAAAGCAGCAGUAGAGAGAUCUUGCGAGCAACUUCUCGCGAGUAUGCCUCUGUCGUCCUUCACGCUCGUCAUCCGCGCCGGGGAAAAGGGCUGCUAUGUUGCUCGCAACGGCGGCCGCAAACGCCAUCCCGCUACUGGCGACGAGGCUGGCCCGAAGCGUCGCAAGAAGGAUUAUACGAGGGGCGGCCUUCAGCCGGAUACCGAUAUGGAAGCACUCUUCGCCGGCUUGCUUCAGGACGACGAAGGUGCUGUUGUUCGCGAGGAGAUCGAGGUAGACUCUGGUACCGAACAGUGGAUCCCAGCCGUUCACCAGGACAGCGCGAAAGUGGUAGAUCCAACAGGUGGCGGCAAUACCUUCCUGGGUGGCCUCGCUGUUGCUCUUGCAAGGGGUAAGAGCGUCGAAGAAGCUGCAGUAUGGGGCAGUGUUGCCGCCAGCUUUGCUAUAGAGCAAGUUGGCGUACCGACUUUAGCCAAGAACGAGGAGGGCGAGGAGACAUGGAACGGCGAAAAGGUAGAAGACCGGGUUGCAGAAUUCCGAGCCCGUCUGCAAAUAACGCAGUAA